GAACUCGCAACAAACACAAUGCAAUGCGUUCUCUCCAUCCUCACUUCCCCUUCAACAACAUCGCCGCCACCAGUAUCUACACUCUCUCUUAAUACCGAAUACUCGGCUACAACGCUGACACCCUAAACAGUAAUCCCCUAAUAGCUAAUUAAUGAAAUGUCUAACAGCUUCCUCCUCCUCCUCCUCCCCCUCCGCUUCCUCCGCUUCCUCCGCUCGCGGCCCGCACAACGCGCCUACCUAACCACUCUUCUCCUAAGCAUCUCAACCCUGAUCCUCUUUUUCCUAGCCGUAAUCUCCUACACCCUUUUCUACAUCCACCACAUUCCACACAUUGGUGUUCAAAAACCCCUGCACCUACAAUUCCCCAUCUCCCCAUCCACCCCACCCCACUCCUCCACCCACCAACACCAUCACCAUCCAACCGGCGCAAUCCAGUUCAGCGGUGAAAUCAUCCCACGACAGGAAUACUCCGUCGCCCUCCUCUUACACCUCCCGCCCUCCCCCGAGAACCAGAAUGCUGGGAACUUUAUGGCUGAAAUAACGAUUUACUCUACUCCUCUCUCCCCCUCCUCUUCAGCUUCCAUGCCGGGAAUGGUGAUAGCGACCGGUCGUCGGGGAGGGUUAAUGCCCUGGCGCAGCCCCAUCGCUCGCACAGCGCACACGUUACUUCGACUUCCGUUACUGCUCUUUCUACCAAAUGCGAAGGAGGAGGAAGCCAUCCGUGUGGUACUGCUUGAGAACGUAGUCUUCGGUGAGCUCGCCCGACAUGCAGUGGUCAGUCUAGAGAGCCGCUCGAGACUGGACGUGUACGAGGCCAAGGUCGAGUUCCGUGCGAAGUUGGCUGGAAUAAGGUGGAUCAUGUGGCGGUGGAAGGUCCUCAGCUUUUUCCUAGGGAGCGGGUUAUUCUUUGCUGUGGAGGUUUUGGCGAUGGGGGUGGUCUGGUGGGCGGUUUAUAGAUGGUUCACUAGCUCGGGAAAAUUGGCUGCGUCUGGCGGGGGAAGGUAUCUCGAAGGUGAGGACGAUACCGUAGAAGAAGAGGAAGACGAUGGAGUAGACGGAGUAGAUGAUCUAGGCUUUGCCACACCAGAGAGUCUGGAAGCGGAUGACGAAGAAGAUGACGAUGAAGUCCUAUUAAAGAGCGACGUGGGCGAUUCCGGAAUCGGGGGGUUGUCGGAGAGUCUAGGGACUACCGCCAGGGAGAAGUCCGCAGGUGGUGCAAGCGGCAGUGGUGGCAGCAGGAGGCGGAGGACUAGGCUGGGGUAA